CCGGCUCCUCCUGCGCCCGCCCGCCUGCCCGCCCUCCAUCCCUCCCUCCCUCCCUCCCGCACGGCAGCCGCGCUCGCCCAGCGGACGGGGUGUAAGGCAGCGACGUCGGCAGGAGCAUGGCCCGUACCAAGCAGACCGCCCGCAAGUCCACCGGUGGCAAGGCGCCCCGCAAGCAGCUCGCCACCAAAGCCGCCCGCAAGAGCGCGCCCUCCACUGGCGGGGUGAAGAAGCCGCACCGCUACAGGCCGGGUACCGUGGCUCUGCGUGAAAUCAGGCGCUAUCAAAAGUCCACCGAACUUUUGAUCCGCAAACUCCCCUUCCAGCGUCUGGUGCGUGAAAUUGCUCAGGACUUCAAGACAGAUCUGCGCUUCCAGAGCGCUGCCAUCGGUGCUUUGCAGGAGGCAAGUGAAGCCUACUUGGUUGGGCUGUUUGAAGACACCAACCUGUGUGCUAUCCAUGCCAAACGUGUCACAAUCAUGCCAAAAGAUAUCCAGCUAGCACGCCGCAUACGUGGGGAGCGUGCCUAAAGCCUCGCCACCAUGGGUCUGUCAUCCUCCAAGCAAAAUCUUCUUCCUGUUAUUGGUAGUAAUGAACGUUAGAUAUUUUUUCCAUGGGGUUAAAAGGUACCUUAAGUAUAUGGUUGCAAGUGGAAAAAUAGGGGACAGAAUUGGGUAUUGGCAAGUUUUCUUUCCAUUUUCAUUUGUGUGUGGAUUUUUAAUAUAAACAAGGGGGACGUAAAAAUAAACAAUGCGGUCAAAAAAAAAAAAUAAAAAAUGUGAAUCGUUGAAACUUGUUCACCAAAACAACUUUAUAAAAAAAAAUUAUAAAUAAACAUGUCAAAUUUUUCUGGACAAUGCCAGCAUUUGGAUUUUUUUAAACAAGUAAAUUUCUUAUCAAUGGCAACUAAAUGGUGUUUGUAGCAUUUUUAUCAUACAGUAGAUUCCAUCCAUUCACUAUACUUUUCUAACUGAGUUGUCCUACAUGCAAGUACAUGUUUUUAAUGUUGUCUGUCUUCUGUGCUGUUCCUGUAAGUUUGCUAUUAAAAUACAUUAAAUGA